AUGCCAUUACUAAGUUUUAUGUGGGAAAUGUUUGUCGUAAGUGAAAUUUUUUCGAUACAGGUAUUGACAACAACGAAUGGCGAUGAGAAAUGUCGAUUGGUGCAACCGUGGCUCCAUGGUAGCCAUCACUAUUCAUGGUUCUUCUCCAUCGAUCGUUGGCCGUAUUCAGCAAGUAGACAGGCUGCAAACCAAACAGUUGCAGCACUGAUCAUACUACCGCCAAACGAUUGUCACAGUAUAUGUUGA